GAGAGGCAGGAAGCUGCCGUGGCAAGGGGAGUGGGGAGUGGGGCUGUUGGAAACCCCUCCAUACUCAAUGGGAGAGGACGAGUCUUGGAGAGAGGGAGGCUGGAGCGCGCAGAGGACAAAGAGGGUCUGGAUAAACGUUCAAAGAGGUGGCUGUUCAUUUCACCGAAGAGGCAUUGGGCCCUGCUGGAUCCAGACCAAAGGUCAUGGAGGCAAAUUAUGAGACACAGUCCUCUCUAGGGAAUGAUGGAUUGAGCAGUGAGAAAUAUAUGGGAAAAUGUUUGGUGUCACUGGAAAAAGCCGAGCAUGAAUCAGGAAAAAAGAUGUUUGGAAAUCAAAGAGGACCAAAAAGGGAUGAGAGAAACCACUCAGAGGAUAGGAAGAAGGAGGUCCCUGCUUCCCAAAGUGCUGUUGUCCAGGAACCCCUGUCCCAACAGGAAGAUCACAAAAGGAACAACAGGAAAACAUGCCUGGUGUGUGGGAAAGCAUUUAGACAUCAAUCAAACUUAAAUAUACAUUGCAGAAUCCACACAGGAGAGAAACCAUAUACAUGCGCCGAGUGUGGAAAGAGCUUCAUUGAGGUCAGUAGCCUUACUAAACAUCAGAGAAUCCACAGAGGGGAAAAGCCAUUUAAAUGCAAAGAGUGCGGAAAGAGCUUCAGUCAGAGCGGUAACCUGAUGUUACAUCAAAGAACACACACAGGGGAAAAGCCAUGUCAGUGUACGGAGUGUGGAAAGUGCUUCCGUAGCAGCAGCAGCCUUACUUUACAUCAGAGAAUCCACACGGGGGAGAAACCAUAUACAUGCAUCGAGUGUGGGAAAAGCUUCAGCGCUCGUAGUAGCUUUACUUCACAUCAGAGAACGCACACAGAGGAGAAGCCGUUUAAAUGUGUGGAGUGUGGGAAAAGCUUUAGUCAGAGCAGUAGCCUGACGACACAUCAGAGAACGCACACAGGGGAGAAGCCGUACAAAUGUGUCAGCUGUGGGAAGUGCUUCAACGACAGCAGUGGCCUUACUUUACAUCAAAGGACCCACACAGGGGAGAGACCCUUUAAAUGCACUGUGUGCGGGAAAAGCUUCAGUCUGAGUAGUAACCUUAGCAGACAUCAAAAAACACAUACGGGAAAGAAGCCGUAUAAAUGUAUGGAGUGUGGAAAGUGCUUUAUUGACAGCAGUGCUCUUACUUUACACCAGAGAACGCACACAGGCGAGAAACCAUUUAAAUGCACGGUGUGUGGAAAGAGCUUCAGUGCAAACAGUCGGCUUGCUAGACAUCAAAGAAUACAUACGGGAGAGAAAACAUGGUGUGGGAAAAGCUUCGGUGACAAAGCAAACCUUUCGGGACAUCAGAAAACCCACACAGGCGAAAACCUGUAAAACUGCAUGGGGUGUGGACAUUGGUAGACUUCCUAAACACUAAAACACACAGUGGCGAAGUUAUGGAAAGGUACGAAGUGUGGAAAAAGCCAUGUGAGCACCAGCCUUCUUCAACAUCUGAGAACCC